UCUUUGUCCAGCGGCCAAACGACAAGAAAACAUCAGAGGGAGAGACAGGACAGUGUGGCAGGAGAAUGUGUCCUGUGUGGCUAUUGGUAGCUGUGACGGUUGUGGGCGUGGCCAGGGGAGCCGCCAAUCAGUGCUUAGAGCAUGCCAGCUGUCAGGGUGACAACAAUGAGAGCAGCAUGAUGGAGUGUAUCCAGCUCUGUCGGUCCGACCUCACCGCCCAGAUGCCGGUCAUCCCGGGCGAUGGUCAUCUCCAACGUCCCUCUCUGUCAGACCCAGAGUCUCAGCCUUCCCUCUCUCUUUUACCUCCCUCCUCUCCCUCCUCCCCUCAGGCCAAGCGCUCCUACUCCAUGGAGCAUUUCCGCUGGGGAAAACCCGUUGGGCCAAAGCGUCGCCCGAUCAAACUCUACACCUCCAAUGGUGUAGAGGAGGAGUCAGCCGAGGAUUUCCCCGAAGAGAUGAUGAGGCGGGAAGCAGAGGACGAGCCUGAGCAGCUCCAUGACGUCCAGGAGAAAAAAGACAGCACAUAUAAGAUGAAGCACUUCCGGUGGAGCGGCCCGCCGGCCAGCAAGCGCUACGGUGGCUUCAUGAAGAGCAGGGACGAACGCAGCCAGAGACCACUGCUCACGCUCUUCAAAAACAUCGACAAAGAUGGACAGGAACAGAAGACAGAGCACUGAGGAGGAAAAGGAAGGAAGAGAUAGAAAGAAGAUGAACAGAGAGAGAUACAACGACACCUUCAUCUGAUCGGCCUACAAGUCCUUUAAACUCCAAAUAUGUUUGUCAUUGCCUUUCAAAGCAUCACAUAUCUUCUAGAAAUUGUGUUUUGGUACCACUUAUUUCUUUUUCCAUUUACAUUCUGAUGAGAAACUUCCAUGAUUAUGUUCACAGACAAUUGCAAUGAAUUAC